UGAAGGGCGACGCCAAGGUUAUGGUGAUCGUCGCCGUUGCCUACAUAAAGUAGAAGCCCCAGAUAUGCGACCUAAUGAAAACUUACGGCGGCGACAAAGUCGAGUACAAAGUGAUCGACAUCACCAACAAGGAUGCGUUACGCAAAGCCUACAAGUCCAUAAUUUACUAUCACGGACAACUGGACUUCGUCAUCAACUGUGCCAGACACAUGUCCAUCGACAACUGGGAGAGGGAUAUUUGCGUCAACAACUACGGUAUGCUGUUGAGCACGUUCAUGGGUAUGGAGUACAUGGGUAACCAGGCCUGCAAAGGAAUCGGCGGCACCAUUGUUAAUGUUGGAAGUAUGGCUGGCGUACAACCUUUCUACCCGGUACCCGUCUAUACAGGUUCCCAACAUUUCCUGGUGCAAUUCGUAAGGUCCAUAGGCCAUGAUUUCUACUUCUACAAGUCCAACGUUCGUAUUAUGGGCUUCCUCACCGGUGGUAUAUGCAGAGCGGGCAAAACCAGUCCCUUGUCCGAGCCCAUGAAGAAGGAUUCACCCUGGAAGUGCAUCGCCGAUCUGCAGGGACUCGUUGACCAGGAGUUGAAGAAGGUCAAGAUGUACGACCUGAAAAUUUACGAGGACGCCCUCGAUGUCGUGAUGACUGAUGGAAGAAACGGAGACAUUUGGGUUGCUGAAGGGAUAGAAUUGUACAAGGUUUUGCCGUACACCAGGGAAAAGCUCAGGGCCCAGUAAACGAUUAAAAUUAUGUUUGUCCAACUCUUGAAUGAUGCUUAAAGCCACGUCUUAACUUUAAAUUGUUUAGUUUGAUGAAUGCCGGAGAAAAGCUCAAGGCCAAAUAAUAUCUAUAAAUUUUGUUUUGUAAUUUUUGGUCCAAUAAAGUCUUGAUGAUUA